AUGGACAACCAACAAGAAGGCUACAGGAUACAAUAUGAUGGACCAAAUAAUGUUCUGCCCCAGUCAACAACUCAUCCAUCAAGGGAGGCUCACAAGAAGUACAUGGAAGCAAUUACAAAGAUGAAAACUACUACGAAACCACCAAUAUGUAUCACUUUCAGAGAAACCAUUGCAUGUGAAGACAAGACAAAACUAUCUGAGGAUCAUCCAUUCAAGUCCAGCAAAUACAUCUUCGAGUACAUUAAGAAAGGAAUGCCACAUGUCCAAAUAGUUCUCGACGAAGAACACCCCAACUACAAAGAAAAUUAA